CCGGUUUACGGUCUCAUUCAGCGUGAUCGCUCACAGAGGCGGUGUGGCUGCGGAGACGCGCUCAUACGCUUCGCUCAUACGCACUUUAAACAGGAUGUAGCGACUGACACAGACCACAGAGAGAAGAAAGAGAAAAGGGGAAAAAAAGCGGGUUCAAAUCUGCGAUGUGACAAAACGCUCCUGAGCCAGAAAUGAGCGCCACAGCGGAGCAGCAGAAGCAGACAGGAGGAGUCCCGAGGAGGCACCUCACCGCCGGCAGGUCUUGACGGCUGCUCCCGCUGACCUGAGACGCUGAGCUCCGCCGCGGCAGAGCACCGAUCACCCACACGGUCCAAGCCCCAACAGAGCCUAAAUACUCCACAUCCCAUCGGGGGAACCUUGAAAGCGACCAUGGCGAGCCAGGGCGACUGCUGUGUGAAGGUUGCUUUGAGGAUUCGUCCUCAGAUGGCCAAGGAGAAGAUCGAGGGCUGCCAUGUGUGCACGCUGGUCACACCUGGAGAACCGCAGGUCCUCCUGGGAAAGGACAAAGCAUUCACCUAUGACUUCGUGUUCGAUAUCGAUUCAGAGCAGCACCACAUCUACCAGGCCUGUGUGUACAAGCUCAUCGAGGGCUGCUUCGAGGGCUACAAUGCCACUGUGUUCGCUUAUGGUCAGACGGGCUCGGGGAAGACCUACACCAUGGGGACGGGCUUCGAUGUGAGCCUGACUCAGCAGGAGCAGGGCAUCAUCCCUCGGGCUGUUCACCAGCUGUUUGAGGGAAUACAGAACAGGAAGGUUCGAGCCCAGGAGGCCGGCACCCAGCCGCCGGAGUUUAAAGUCAGCGCCCAGUUCCUGGAGUUGUAUAAUGAGGAGAUCCUGGACUUGUUCGAUGGAGCCAGAGAUCCAGAGAGUCGGAGCAGGAAAUCCAACAUUAAGAUCCAUGAGGACGCCAGUGGCAGCAUCUACACCACUGGAGUCACUUCUAGGCUGGUUCACUCAGAGGAGGAGCUGCUGCAGUGUCUGAAGCUCGGUGCUUUGUCCCGGACCACAGCCAGCACCCAGAUGAACGCCCAGAGCUCCCGCUCGCACGCCAUCUUCACCAUCCACCUCUGUCAGAUGAGAGUCUGUCAGCAGCCGCAAAUGAACGGAGGAGGCGAGAACGGAGAGCUGAACGGUGUGGACUCCAGCCCCAUCGCCCAGCCGGAGUUUGAGACGCUGAUGGCCAAGUUUCACUUUGUGGACCUCGCUGGCUCUGAGAGGCUCAAACGUACCGGAGCCACCGGAGAAAGAGCCCGAGAGGGAAUCUCAAUCAACUGUGGACUGCUGGCUCUGGGAAAUGUGAUCAGUGCUUUAGGGGAUCAGACUAAAAAGGGAGGACAUGUUCCGUACAGAGACUCCAAACUCACCCGACUGCUACAAGACUCACUGGGAGGCAACAGCCGCACAGUGAUGAUCGCCUGCGUCAGCCCGUCUGACCGGGACUUCAUGGAGACGCUGAACACACUGAAGUAUGCCAAUCGAGCCCGAAACAUCAAGAACAAGGUGGUGGUGAACCAGGACAAGACGAGCCAGCAGAUCAGCGCCCUGCGUGCUGAGAUAGCCCGACUGCAGAUGGAGCUGAUGGAGUACAAGGCGGGGAAGCGUGUAGCAUGUGAGGAUGGUUCCGAGGGCUACAGUGACCUGUACCAGGAGAACGCCAUGCUGCAGAGAGAAAGCGACGCACUGCGCCUUCGAGUUAAGGCCAUGCAGGAGACCAUCGACCACCUCAACACCCGUGUGACACAUCUGCUGGCCAAUGAGGUCAGCACUCUGCUCACCAAGUCGAGUGAGGGCAAUGAGGAGAUCGGGACUCUAAUCCAGAACUACAUUCGAGAGGUUGAAGAACUCAGAACCAAACUUCUUGAGAGCGAGGCCAUGAAUGAGUCACUGCGGCGCCAGACGGCCCGGCUUUCGGCACGUUCUCCGUUCCCAGCCUCUAGUCUCAGCCCGGCCCCUGGUCACCCCCCUGGAUCCUCUCCUGCCCCCAUGUCCAUGGAGGCCGAGAUGACGGACGUGUUACGCCGAGCCAAGCUGGACAUCGAGAGGCUGAAGAAGAAGGAGAGGAGGCAGAGGAGGAUGAGUCCGGAGUUGGAGAAAGGGCAAAAACGAGUAAAGCUGCACACUCAUGAGAACGGAGAGAACGGGCAAAGUGGAGAAAACGGACAGAACGGAGAGAUCGAUUCAGAUGACAAUUGCACCGAGGACAUCAUGUCUCCACUGCAGGAGGAGAGUGGCUGUGAUGAAGAUGAGGGGGAGGAUGAGGAGGAGUGCAGGGAGGAGGAGGAUGAGUUCGACAGUGACGAGAGCCUGGUGGAUUCAGACUCAGACUCGGAUGAGAAAGCUAAUUUCCAAGCGGACCUGGCGGAUCUGACCUGCGAGAUUGAAAUCAAACAGAAGCUGAUAGAUGAGCUGGAGAACAGUCAACGGAGGCUGCUGAUGCUAAAGCUGCAGUAUGAGGAGAAGCUCAUCCUGCUGCAAAACAAGAUCAGAGACACACAGCUGGAGAGGGACCGUGUGCUGCAGAACCUCAUGUCCAUGGAGAACUACACGGAGGAGAAAGCCAACAAGAUCAAACAGGAGUACGAGAAACGUCUUAAGGAGAUGAACCGCGAUCUACUCAAGCUACAAGCAGCACAGAAGGAGCAUGCACGGCUCCUCAAAAACCAGGGGAGGUACGAACGGGAGCUGAAGAAACUCCAGGCCGAAGUCAACGAGAUGAAGAAAGCCAAGGUGGCGCUCAUGAAGCAGAUGAAGGAGGAGCAGCAGAGGAGGAGGAUGGUGGAGGCAAAGAGAAACCGUGAGAUUGCACAGCUCAAGAAGGAGCAGCGACGACAAGAGUACCAAAUUCGAGCGCUGGAGUCUCAGAAGCGGCAGCAGGAGUUGGUGCUGCGCAGGAAGACUCAGGAGGUGACGGCCCUGCGGCGCUUGGCCAAACCCAUGUCAGAUCGUGUAGCCGGACGUGUGGCCCGCUGGAACCAGACUGCCCCAGUUACAGACUCUGGAGCUGAGUUGUCGGCCAGCACAACAGCGAGCAGCUCCGAACCUGAGACUGCGAGGACCGUCAGCGGGUUGGUGCGACAGUGGAACAACAAGAACAGCGUGUACGGAUACCUGGGAGAGAGUGAGGGCAGCAUAGAUGGAACACGGGUCAUUGGUAGAAAGAAGUUGCAGCGUAAGCCAGCAGGCCUUGGCAGCGUCGGAGCUGCAGGCAGAGCCAGCAGUUUCUCCAAAUCUGCCCGUCAGAAGUGGCAAGCUCUCGAGCGUCGUAUUAUGGACAUUGUCAUGCAGAGAAUGACAAUUUCUAAUGUGGAAGCUGACAUGGAUCGCCUUAUCAAGAAGCGAGAGGAGCUGACGGUCCAGCAGGAAGCGCUCUCACAUAAGAGGGAGGUUCUGAUGGCGGACGGGGAGGGGCCAGAAGCUGAGGACCGCCUCCUUCAGGAAAUUAAUGAGGACAUCGAGGUGCUGAAUGCCAACAUAGACUACAUCAACGACAGUCUGUCAGACUGCCAGGCAACCAUUGUACAGAUAGAGGAGACCAAGGAUGAGCUGGACUCAGUGGACACCUCAGUGGUGAUCAGCUCCUGCUCUCUGGCUGAAGCACGCCACCUGCUGGACCACUUCCUGAAGGCUUCUAUUGACAAGAGUUUACAGGUGGCCCAGAAGGAGGCUCAGAUCAGACUGCUGGAGGGUCAGCUGAGACAGACGGAUGUGAUCGGCUCGUCCCACAAUCACAUAAUUCUCGACGCCCUGCGAGAAAAGGCCGAGUAUAUCCCUGAACUUCAGGCUCUCAUCCACAACGUACAGCAGGAAAAUGGUUACGCCAGUACAGAUGAGGAGCCCUCCGAGUUCAGCCAAGCCUCUGACAGCAGUGUAUCUCAGAUGAAAGAAUCCAACAGCCAGGAAGAUUUCAAAGUGAAGAUGGAGCCUCGUCUGUCAGCCCAGAUGAAGGCGGUGUCUGCAGAGUAUCUGGGUCCCAUCCUGGACCCCUCAUCAGGCAGCAAGCAGCAGCACAUCACCAAGUCUCUGGCCUCGCUGACGGACAUCCAGGAGGACGGCCUGAGUCUUGUUCCAGGGAGUCUGGGACUCAGCCUGGCUCUACGAGACACCUACCACCGGGACCGGGCGUCACGCACCAUCAGCCUGCCUGUCAGGGGACACACCUUUCCCAGGCAGUCUCGGGGUUAUGAAACUUCCCCGUUAACAAGAAGGAAAUCCUACGACCGCGCAUACAGGCCCACUGAUGGCUACACUCCCCCCUCCUCCCCUCCUCUGAGGACCAGGAACGACCGCAACGUCUUCUCGAGGCUCACCAGCAACCAAACCCAAGGUUCUGCUCUGGACAAGUCGGAUGACAGCGACUCCUCGCUCUCCGAGGUGCUCAGGGGUGUGAUCAAUCCCAUCGGGGGCGUGAAAGGGGGUCGGACGGCGCCCCUGCAGUGUGUGUCUGUAGCUGAAGGCCAUUCAAAGCCCGUUCUGUGCGUGGAUGCUACAGAUGAGCUGCUCUUCACUGGAUCUAAAGAUCGUACUUGUAAGAUGUGGAACCUGGUAACCGGUCAGGAGAUCGCCACCCUCAAAGGUCACCCAAACAAUGUGGUGUCGGUUAAAUACUGCCCCUCCUCCUGCCUGGUGUUCUCCGUCUCCACCUCCUACAUCAAGGUGUGGGACAUCCGCGACUCGGCUAAGUGCAUCCGCACGCUCACUUCAUCAGGGCAGGUGGUCUCAGGUGAUGCAUGUGCCGGCACCACCACCCGCACAAUAACCUUUGCUCAGGGCGAGUGUCAGAUCAACCAGAUAGCCCUCAACCCGUCAGGAUCUGUGCUUUACGCUGCUGCUGGAAACACUGUUCGCAUGUGGGACCUCAACAGGAUGCAAGCGAUGGGAAAGUUGAUGGGCCACAUUGGCUCCGUCAUGUGUUUGACGGUGGGACAGUCUCUGCUGGGCAAAGACCAAGUGAUCACUGGUUCCAAAGACCAUUACGUCAAGGUGUUUGACGUAGCAGAGGGAACUAUGGGUAAUGCAGGUCCAGCUCAUAACUUUGAGCCUCCACAUUACGAUGGCAUCGAGUGUUUGGCCGUACAGGGAGACGUGCUGUUCAGCGGGUCGAGAGACAACGGCAUCAAGAAAUGGGAACUGGAGCAGCAGGAGCUCACACAGCAAAUCCCGAACGCCCACAAGGACUGGGUGUGUGCUCUGGCUUACGUACCGGGUCGACCCAUGCUGCUCAGCGGCUGUCGGGGUGGCAUGCUGAAGGUGUGGAACGUCGACAACUUCACUCCCAUCGGAGAAGUCAGAGGCCAUGAUAGCCCCAUUAAUGCCAUAUGCACCAAUUCAAGGCAGAUCUUCACUGCGUCCAGCGACAAAACAGUGAAGAUCUGGCUGUCAAAGGUGUGGAGGAAGAGGUGAGAACUGAAGUGGCUGUGGUUCCUCUGCCAGGCAUCUUGAUGCAACUUCAGCCACUGAUCUGUGACCUGCUCACUUCCAGCACUGAAAGGUGACACUGAAAUCACAGUUUCCAAGGUGAUCCAGGAGUUUCUUUCUGUCACAAUGCAACACAACAAAGCCGAGGUAAAACAUGUAGUUGAAGGGGGGAAAAAAAUUUUUGCCUUUGUGAUUAUUUUUUUUUACUGCUAAUUUGAAAGUGCCAUUGAGAUGUGGUGCUACUUGGAAAAGAUAAACUGCAUCUGCCUGACUGUGGAUACACCAGACAACACAAUUUCUCUCUGACAUGAAACCUACCACAGCCUGGUAUUAAAUGAAAAAGUGUCCUUCAAUUCGUUCACCAAGGAGUGAGAUGAAUCUGUUCAGAGACGUGCAUUCAUGUAUCUGAUGUUUGAGAAAUCAAGGCAUGGCCCGAAUUUAAAUCCAGGAGGAACGCAGACUAACAGCUGGGACUUCUGUUCCUCCAGUCAAGACUGUUUCAGUAGCACUGUGGCUGUUCUGAAUCUGAACACAGUGGACAAUCACACAGUGUGUUCAACAGACUAUUGAUGAUCUAGAGUUGGACAUCACUGGAAAAAGACAUCACUUUACAUCCUGUUGUUUACUCCAGAUUUGCUUCUCUUUACUUCCUCUCAUUGAAACUUUAUUGAGUUCCACAAGUUGUUUUUUUUUUUUUUUGAAUACUGCUUUUGUUAAUUUAUUAUUUUCCCUACCUCAGUUGUUAUGGACUUUGACACGAGGUGGGAGGGAACAUUUUUACGGGUCUCUAUGUACAAACAUCUGGUGCUUGACAUUUUGAAGUCUUUAUUCAAUGCCUGGCUCUUCAUCUCUGUGUGAAUGUGUCCUCUGUGGCACUCCGGCUAUCAGACCGUCUGGCUGCUGACCUUGCAAGCAGGAAAGCGCACGUCUAGUAGCACAACUAAGGUAGCACCGGUCCUGGAGGACCUGACUGGAUCGUAUUAUCUACUUUGUAAAGUGCUAACUGUGGCAAAAGCAAGAAACACCCCUGCACACGACAUAAACAGUACACACUCCAUGUGAGAUAGGUACUACACUGAGGCCAAAGUGCCAGAUCAUUAUCUCAACCAACGUACAGUAUGUGGCCCAUACCUGCCAUUUAUCCCUCUCACAAAUGGUAAUAAGAGCCCUUCCAGUUACCUCUGCCUGUUUUCAGCUCCACUCUAUCUUUAAUGUUAGCGGCAGCGUCUGACUGACCAGCCUUACCGAGGAGUCCACCUCCUUCGCAGCUACUGAACUUUUCCGGAAAGCCAAUUUAAUUAGAGGUCUCACAGCUCUACCAGCUGCUUUUCAGGCAAGAUUACUUGAGUGAAAGUAGGUCAUAACUGAGAGGGAUUUUUUUUUUAUUAAAAUCUCAAUUUUCUUCCACCCACUAUUUGCUGCUAUACUUACAGACAGGAAUAAAGUUCCUGUGCCCGUGCACUGAUGUACAAAUCUGUUUAUGUGGCAGAUUAUGUGUGUGGGCACACACAUGCAUAUGCACAAGUUGUGGACACACACAAAAACAAGAUUUCAGUGGAUGUUUCGGUUGUCCAUCUUGCCUGAUAGGUCUUGGCAUCCCUCACUGUGUUGAUUUACUGUCGCUUUUAUGAAGCAAAUUCAGCACUGCAGCACUCCACUCACAUGUGCACAUUCAUACUCACACCUACAGGUCACAGUUGGCCCUAAAAGUCAACUCAAUUAUUUUUUUGUUGUCUGAUGCUUCUUAAUACUGAAAAUAGCUUGUAUUCACAUCACAGUAUGAACUUUUCCUGUGCCGCUCUAGAAGCAUUUUGAAGCUUCUUGUCAAACAGACGUCGUACUGCUCCAAUAAAAACCCAGUUCAUGUUUUGUUCAUCUCAGCAAUAUCACUCCUUCUGUUGGAAAAAAACAACAACAUUUUGAUGAUUUAGUGCACUUUUCCUUGUAAAAGACCCAGAGACAUAUAGUAUGUAGUUAAUUUAAUUGAUGCUUGGAUCAUAAAACAGCAUUCAUAGUGGCUGAAAGUAGUGAGCGUGCUUUCUAUAAACUCUGCUCUAAUAAGCGAGUCUGUUCUGCUGCUGUUUCAUGUAUCCAACAUGAGUUUGAAGCUGCUGAAACUCUCCAAAAGCAAUUAUAAGGGUUUUAGUGUUGUAUUUUGGGGAUCAGGGUUUGUUGUGAAUGCAAAUAUGUGGAUGGGGUUAAUUUGAUGAAGCAUUCUUGGGUGUAAUAUUUUGCUAUGAUUAGCAACUCAGGUAAAGGUUGAAGGAUAAUUUAGUCAUAUUUUAGUCAUCAUUUGACCCUUGCUAGCUUUUUGAAUCGACCAAAUGCCUUGUUUGAGAGAUUUUUUUUACUUGGAGAAAUAUGGUACCAUCGAUGUUUCAUUGCUUUUUUUUUUUUGUAAAAUACCCAUUUCCAUCUUUUGCUUUUGCAUUUGAAUCCCUUUACUUAUUAUCUAUGUACUGUGCUUCUGUGUACAAAACGUACACAUUUUCAAGAACAUCUUCCCAAUCUGGCCAAAGCUGAAAGUCUUGCAACUCUAAGAAGAUGUGCACUGAUUUUUUUGACCAUAAUUACGUGUUUGUGUAUAAAAUAUUGUGUUUGUAUAGUGGUUUGCCUAUAAAGCUGGAGUGAGUGGUACAAAAUGUGGUCAGUGGGGAAAUUAACCUCCAUAAUAUAAUGGGUUAUAUUCUUUGACUUCCAGUCCACUGGGCCCCUCACUGUACUCUGUGUAUUUAUCUGUGCCAAUUAGCCAAACUGACCCUGCUCACCAGCUCAGCAGUGUGUUUCAUGCGGUAAUAAUGCUAAGACGGGCUUUAUCUCUGCUUUUUUUCUUCCACUUCUUCAGACUCCUGCUUAUUGCUAGAGAAGAUCUUGUAGUACUGUAGCUUUAGGCACUCUCUGCUGUGCCCUGUGCUUGUACAUUUGCUGAAGGAUGCAUGAUGCUAGUGGUGCUGAUCGGUUGACGUAGCAGUUCAGUGGGCAAGUCAUUGGCUAUCUAAAUGAUGAACACCUGAGUAGAUUUACUACCAAAAUCUAAGGAGGAUGUGGCCAUUUGUCUGCUUUCGAAAGCGUUGACAGUUGAUGAAUUAUGCAAAAAAAAAAAAAAGAUGUUGCCAAAAUGUUGAGUGUGCUUCACAAAAUCUGCUUUAGAGUUAUUAUAGCUACGCAGAAGCCCUAAAUUACCAUCUGACCUUGGAUCAGCCAAUUCUAAAGUUGCUCCAACCGCUGAGAAGUGUACUCCAGCCUAUGUCAGCACCACUUCAUUACUUGAUGACAUGUAAAUAGUUGUGUCAUACCUUGUUCAAUGUAACAGAAGAGAUGCAGCUGAGGUUAACUGGCCUCUUUCCCAUCAGCUCGCUUUAGUUUCAUCUCUGAAAGUUAGGAUUUACAUGCACUUUGGAAAACAAACACUGCUGUGAACACUCACCUAGCUGUUUUCCAGAUAUGUAAUAAGCCAAGUUUUAGACUUAGUUUACAAAGAAAUGGUUUAUGAGUCCUAAACAAGGCUUAAACCGCUGAAAUUGUACUGAAAAGAUCACAUCUGUUUAGAUCUACAGUAGGGUUAGAAAUCAACAAUAUUAAUGUUUCUGCUGAUAUAAUAUGUAAGAUAAUGGUUAAAACAUAAAAAAGACAGUCCCCUGCCUUUAAAGUCCCUUUUUAUAGUACUUGAAAAUGAGCAUUUUCACUUUGGCAGAGCAGCAUGUACACCUUUGUAGGCGCUCAGGAGUCCAUCCUUAUUUCCCUGGUUGACUGCUGGCAUUCAGGUGUUGUUCUUAAUAUUACUGACCACAAACAGGACAUAUUACUCUAUGAAAAAUAUAAUCAGAGACACAAGAUGAUCCACACAUAAUCUAUUUCUUUUGCAACAAUUAAGGAAACAUCCUUCUCUUGAAAUAACCUUUCACAGAGGGAAAUUACCUCAUUAAAUACACAAUUUAGCUUUUAGUGUAUUACUUGAGCAAUAUCUUGAUCUGAACCAGGCUAUUGGAUCGCUGUACCAGGUGAUUUUAAGAGUCUGUAGCUAUUGCAGCUACUGUAGAUUCUUAGAAAUCCCCUUUAGCAUCUAGUUUCAAUGUUGACAGUUUACCUGUUAAAGCUAAAAAACACUUGAACAGCUAAUAUCUUGGUCUCUCUUUAAAACUGUCCAACAGUGGUGAUCCCCAGUGGUAAAUUAUCAUUGCUGCACCUGAGGAAACGACAAAUUGACCAUUUGCUAAACCUCACUACCCUGAGUUAUUGUCAGUACACCGUCAAGCUGCUCGCUCUCACACAGCCCAUACAUUUUAUUGUGGUAGCCUUGGAAAUCCCUGUUUCUUGAUUUAAAAAAUAAUCACUUAUUAGAGAAGAUGUAUAAAAUAACUGAUGAGACUAGAUCUAAAAUGUUUGGCUAGAGUUGCUCCAGUAUAAAUUUCCUCUACAAAUAAAGAUCACGACAGAGCUGCUUGUGUUUGAAAUAUUAACCUUUGGCUCUUUCCAAAUCCAAUGGAUUUACUUCUGUAGGUAGUAAACUCGUAAGCCAUGCCAGCAUGCUGUUCUAUCCAUUCCUUGCACUUAUGUAAAGGAUGAAAGAGGCAUAAAAGUUUGUGAAUCCUUUCUAUUCUACAAUUUUCUACAUUUCUGUAUAAAUAUGGCCUAAAACAUUAUAAGAUUUUCACACAAGUCCCAGAAGUAGAUAAAGAGAACCCAAUUAAGUGAAAGAGACAGGGAUAUUUUUGUUCCUCAAAAAAACAUAAUGGUUCAAAAGUGACUUUUGAAGAUUUAAUUGAACAUUUAGACUAUAUCUGACAGGGAUUUGCAAUAGUAGGUAUUUUAUCCUUUUACGUGCACAAAGGUACCAUUGUCAUUUUCAAACCACCCCCAACAGUAACUACAACAAAAAAAGCAAUUUUUCUUCAAGUGAAAAAUGACUGGAGAAAUUCCUUCACACUAAUCAAUAUCGUUUCUUUCAAUCUGCAGCUGAACAAAUUUCCAAAAUGUUCAGUUGUUUUGUUGAUAUUACAAUCAUAUUUUAGCCAAUUGAAAAGACAUUCAGACAGGAUACAAAAAUCAGCGUUUACCAUUCUACCAUUGUUUACUGUUCAUUCUAUGCAACAGUAGAAUGAUCAUAUUGGAAGGCUCAGGUAGACUGUUUCAUCAUAUUGAGAAAUCCAUAGCUUCACAGGCCUGUUAUACUCAGUUGUAUUUGAUGAGCUAUAAUUAGACAAUGACGUUCGGGGGUGUGGUUUAGCAGAUGGUUAAUUAUCUCAAAGCCAAAGGUAAAUUAUUCACAUGCAACAAUUUUCCACACAAGACAACAGAACAGGUUGGAGAGUCGAGCUGCCAGUCAAACCGAUUGUGUGAUUACCACCUUUUCCUUCCCAGCCCGACCACCUUGUGGCUAUUAGGCUAUACAACCUAAGUAGUCAGCGUCAGCAUAAGCCUCCUGCCUCAGCCAACAGGCCUUACUGCCUUAUAAAACAGAAUGUGAAUGUAGGACAAUGAUAGUCAUUCACCUAAAAUCCUGAAUCUGUACCAGGCGUCUUCUGAGGAUUGUAGAUUGUCCUACAGAUUGUGGAAUUCUGUUCUAAGUGAGUUAACGUCUUUGCUCGCUUUAUCAUUGUGGCUGAAAAGACUUUCAACUUUGCCUCAGGCUGCUGAGGGGAUGGGAUCCUAUUUAGACACAAUCUAGAGGGCACGUCACUGCUCUGCUGCAUGGCGGUGAAUCUCUAUCACACACGUCUUCUCUGCAGCUGCUCAAGUAGUUCUUCUCGUAACUACUUCUAGUAUGUGACAGCGCCUGUGAAAAUACGUACUCAUGGGACAUAAAUGCAGGGUCAAAGGUCAUUUGUGCCUUUUAUUGCACAGACUACUCCCUCUUAAAUGAGUGUAAAUGUGUGUACAGUUUUUUUCUAAUAUAUGAUAAUGUGCAUGUAACCAAGCCAUGUAAAAUAUGUUUUGACUGUAAAUAGUGUAAAUAAAUAUUUAAUGAAGGAUCCAAUGUUCCCUCGAGAAAAUAAAUCACCUCAAAACAAA